CAAAACUCUUAUCAAUUCACUUAUUCAGAAUGCAUAAGCAAGAAAAGCUGGCCUCAGAUUGUAUAUUUUUCACAUGAAAUGUUAUUUAUGCAAAGAGUUGUGAUAAUGAUUCUCUUUCUUAGUUUUUAUAAUUUAUUGUAUGAAUUAAAUUAUCUGAUAAUGCAUAUAAGUACAAUUCAACCCAUUAUAUUAUCUCAAUCAGAAUAAUUCCUUAAUCAUGCACAAACAGAAAGAGGCUCACGGGCAACACCAAACAAACAACAAAGGGAAGAUGACCACUGACUAAAUGUCUCUUUGAGACAAUGUUUUUAUUCGAAAGAAGUGUAACCUGUCCUGUGGUUGAGAUUGUUUCUCUCUCUUUCCCUUUUUCUACAUGGAUGUCAGUAGAAUCACCCGUGACAUAUCCUUCUCUGUCAUUGUUUCUCUGAUUCAGCUACACUGGAUCUCUUCACACCUAAAACUAAGUAGCUUAACUAGGAUAUAAAUCCAUAGCACAAACCAAAUUCUUGGCCACUUCAAAUACCAUUCCUCAUUAGUGUUAUAUUAUGUUUACUAACAUCAUUUUUUUCUCAAUCUCAUUUCACAUUUCUUUCUUUUUCUCCUUUCAAUCUCUAUUUGUUGAUUUCUUUCAAUGUCAAACUUGCAUUACAUGCUAAGCAUGUUAGCAGUUCUUCUUCUUCUUCUGCAAAAUCCCAAUAGAAUACAUUGUCAUACCAAGGGAAUUAGACCAAGCUCUGCAGGUAAUGGGUUAUCCACCAACAUGACUAGAGUGCAGUAUUCUGAACAGCAAUUCAUGAAAUGGGUGGAUUUUGUUGGUAACCUCAAACACUCGGUUUUUAAGGCAGCUAAAAAUAAUCUUGUGGCUUCUUACGCUUUGCACGUUGAUAAGAAUCCUGAUGGUGGGGAUUUUACCUCAAUUCAAGAAGCCAUUGAUUCCCUUCCAUUCAGCAAUCUCGUGAGAGUGGUCAUAAAAGUCCAUGCAGGGGUCUACACGGAGAAAGUUAACAUCCCUGCUUCGAAAUCCUUCAUAACAAUAGAAGGAGCUGGUGCAGAUGAAACCAUUGUUAAAUGGGGUGACACUGCUAAAACUCUUGGUCCAAAUGGGAAACCAAUGGGAACCCAUGAUUCAGCAACUUUUACAGUGAAUUCACCUUAUUUCAUUGCCAAGAACAUCACGUUCCAAAACACAACUCCUGUUCCUGCACCAGGAGAAGUUGGGGUGCAAGCUGUGGCAUUAAGGAUUUCAGCAGACACAGCAGCAUUUGUAGGCUGCAAAUUCUUAGGAGCACAAGAUACACUUUAUGAUCAUUUAGGCAGACAUUACUACAAGGAUUGUUACAUUGAAGGCUCUGUUGAUUUCAUAUUUGGCAACUCUCUCUCGCUGUUUGAGGGAUGUCACGUGCAUGCCAUAGCACAGAAGAUAGGGGCAGUUACAGCUCAAGGAAGGAGUGGUAUGUGGCAAGACACGGGGUUCUCAUUUGUGAACUGUAAGGUCACGGGAUCUGGGGCACUGUACCUUGGAAGGGCUUGGAGACCCUUUUCUCGCGUGGUCUUUGCUUACACAUAUAUGGACAACAUUAUUAUUCCCAAAGGCUGGUAUAACUGGGGUGAUCCUAACCGUGAAAUAACUGUAUUCUACGGACAGUACAAAUGCACAGGACCUGGAGCAAACUUUGCAGGGAGAGUAUCAUGGUCAAGAGAACUCACAGACGAGGAAGCUGCACCUUUUCUUUCACUUAGCUUUAUUGAUGGGACUGAAUGGAUCGGUUUGUAGUUUAACUCAUACA